CAUCACAAUAAACGUGGUUAACUGGACAUGUUUGAAUGUAUAAUAGUGACAUGAAGUUUAAAGAACAUUAGUAUCUGCGUAUGUGUAUUUUUUAUGUCCUGUGAGUGGUUUUGAAAUAGUUCCUACUCACAAAUUUGGUUCCGCAUUAAUUUUUCAUAUUUUAAUAUUUAGUAACACUCCCCAUUAACGGGCUUGAAUUGGGGGGUCGUAGGCAUUACAGUACGUGAUAAUAAAUAAUUCAGGAUAAGAUGUGAGCUUCAAGCAGACACCCUUCUGGCCAUAAUGCUUGAUAGCAAAGAAAGCUUUCAUAUACCCAGAAAACGGACUUGUAUUUUAGAGGUUUUAGUGAAAUCUAAAAGUCCUACUAAAAAUUAUCCCCUAAUUAUAAAUCUGAAGUACCUAUCCUAUACUGUUAGACUUUCGCCUUUAACAUAACGCGCAUGACACUGCUGAGUAAUGACGUCGGCCCGCCGCGAAAUCCCGUUCCGAUUGCGGAAGACGCCGAAAUAUCGCGGUGUUUCGUCGCCGCGGCCUUGUGCUGGUCCUAGUUGUUCACAGUGUGCAGCACACUUGCAGCAGACUUCAUAAUGAGUUAUGCGGAAAAGCCGGAGGAAGUCACGCAAGGAGAAUGGACGGAGCGGCUCCAUAACGUACAUAUACAAAGAGCUGACAUGAACCGGCUCAUCAUGAAUUACUUGAUUACAGAAGGGUUCAAGGAAGCUGCGGAGAAAUUCAGGAUGGAGUCAGGAAUCGAACCCAGCGUGGACCUGGACUCGCUGGAUGAGAGAAUAAAGAUCCGAGAAAUGAUCCUGAAAGGGCAGAUUCAGGAAGCUGUUGCACUGAUUAACGGCCUUCACCCAGAGCUCCUGGACAGUAAUCGCUAUCUGUACUUUCACCUCCAGCAGCAGCACCUCAUCGAGCUGAUCCGGCUGCGCGAGACAGAGUCUGCACUAGAGUUUGCGCAGAUGCAGCUGGCAGAGCAGGGCGAGGAGAGCCGCGAGUGCCUGACGGAGAUGGAGCGCACAUUGGCCCUGCUGGCUUUCGAUGACCCGCAGGACUCGCCCUUCGGGGACCUGCUCAACGUGAUUCAGCGGCAGAAGGUCUGGAGUGAGGUAAACCAGGCCGUGCUGGAUUACGAAAACAGGGAGUCGACACCCAAACUGGUCAAGCUGCUCAAACUGUUACUGUGGGCUCAGAAUGAACUGGACCAGAAGAAGAUCAAGUAUCCCAAGAUGACCGAUCUGAGCAAGGGGACAACAGAGGAACCGAAAUGAGUGUUGGGGCAGAGCGGCUGCUCCGUGGGAUGGCGAGGACUUUUGAGAUGUUUCUUGCUAUUUAUAAUCAGUCAGUGACUGAGCUGUGUAUAUAGUUUUUGUUUUGUACAUGUGAACGUUUGAUGGUUGAAUCCUUAAACUCUACACCAACCCAAAAUCCCGAAUGUUCAUAUUGUUCAACAAAUUACUCAACACUAUACACUCAAAAACUAUGUGCAUUAUUACUUUAAGCGCCUCUGUUAGGAAUAACUUGAUUACAGUUUUAGAAUCACAGGGUUUUACACAGGAAGGGCAUUUUCAUACAUAUGAGUAUUUUAUACCCAAGUUUGCUCUGUAUUAGCAUUUAGCUUUUGGCUGCUAAUAAGUGUGGCUUGUAACCUAUGAAAAAUGAUUUCUUUGGACACAGCCAUGGCUGCUGGAGCAGUAUCAUUACUUGUUUACAGGAAUCUUUCACACAAUUUCUGAUCGACAGGCAUGUUCUGUUCACCGCUUUGUUGUAAUGGGUGCAAUGUUUUUUUUUCUAGUGAGGUCACUCAAGACCUUUUAAAGUUCUUAUAACUGCCCAAUAAUGUGAUGGAAGUAAAUAUAAAAUAUGUUAGUUUUUUUGAGUACUGUUAUUAAAUAAUUCUUUUGGAAAAAA